AUGGCAUUCUUCAACUUGCGCAGUAGCACCGCUCUGUUGGCUACCGUCUUAUUGAUCAUGCUCAGCUCCCCAAGCCAAGCGGCGAACAUUCCGCUCGAGCGAAGACAAGAUCAGUGCAAUCCCACCAAUAACAGUCUCAACGCCCAUGAUUGUGCUGUUGCUUUCUAUCAACUCAACUUCCAAGGCAAAAACAAAGUUCUCAGAGGUCCAGGGGCUGUUGUUAGUGCUUCUGGAACGUGCCGGGUCGUUGUUGACUGUCCGGGCGGAGUCGAAGUCUCUGCCGGUCGACUCCUAGACAAGGAUGGAACCAAUGGCUUUGACCAACUCCAGAAGCUAUGUACCAACCAGGGACAAGCCGGGCAACUGUUUGUCAAAGGGUACUGCCAAAUCAGGACCGAAAAAGUUCAAUGA